AUGCCGGAGGGCCAAGGGGCGCCUGCCGCUCUCCUGGCGGCUCCGAGCGACUCGGAAAGGGGCUUGUCCUGGCCCGCGGCCCCCCCGCCGUCACCGUUCCUGGCCCCGGGGUCCCCGGGGUCCCCGGCCCCUCGGCGGGGCGCCGUCCGCGCCAGCUUCCCGCAGAAGCUGGCCGAGGCCCUGAGCAGCCAGUACGCGCUGAACGUGUUCGUGGCGGGGCUGCUGUUCCUGCUGGCCUGGGCCGUGCACGCCUCGGGCGUGGGGAAGAGGGACCUGCUCUGCUUCCUCACGGCGCUCAUGCUGCUGCAGCUGCUGUGGAUGGCGUGGUACGUGCGCCGCAGCGCCGCGCACCGCCGCCUCAUCCGCCCCAAGGACGCGUACGCCGGCGCGCGCUGGCUCCGCGGUAGCGUCACAUUGUUUGCAAUCAUCACCAUCAUCCUGGGAUGCCUUAAAAUUGGGUACUUCAUUGGAUUUUCUGAAUGUUUAUCAGCCACUGAAGGAGUUUUCCCUGUCACCCAUGCGGUGCAUACUCUGUUGCAGGUGUACUUUCUCUGGGGGCACUCAAAGGAUAUCAUCCAGUCUUUCAAAACACUGGAAAGGUUUGGGGUGAUCCACUCAGUGUUCACCAACCUGCUUCUGUGGGCUAACAGCGUCCUGAAUGAGUCAAAGCACCAACUUAAUGAACACAAGGAACGACUCAUCACCCUGGGCUUUGGGAACAUAACUAUAGUUUUAGAUGACCACACGCCUCCGUGUAACUGCACGCCCCCGACUCUCUGCCCGGCCAUCUCCCACGGGAUGUACUACCUCUAUCCUUUCAACAUAGAGUAUCAGAUCCUGGCCUCCACGAUGCUCUAUGUCCUGUGGAAAAACAUCGGGCGCAAAGUCGACAGUCACCAGCAUCGGAAGAUGCAGUUCAGGUUGCACGGGGUCCUGCUGGGCUCGGCCCUGGGCCUGACCGCACUGGCCGCCACCAUCGGGGUCGUGGUGGUGUAUCUGAUCCAGAUCGGUCGUUCCAAAACCAAGAGCGAGGCGGCGCUCAUCAUGUUCUACCUGUAUGCCAUCAUCUUGCUGAUGCUUAUGGGGGCGGCAGGGCUGGUUGGGAUCCGGAUUUAUAGGCUAGAUGAGCAGUCACUAGACGAGUCCAAAAACCCGGCCCGCAAACUGGACGUGGACCUGCUGGUGGGUACCGCCUCUGGCUCCUGGUUCAUCUCCUGGGGUUCCAUCCUGGCCAUCCUUUGCGCUGAGUCCCGGCCCCCAUACACCUGGUACAACCUGCCCUACUCCAUCCUGGCGGUUGUUGAGAAAUACAUCCAGAACGUCUUCAUCAUUGAGUCCAUUCACCGAGAGCCAGGGAAGCUCUCUGAAGCCAUCAGAACCCUGCGGGUGGUCACAGUCUACAAUGGCAACGCCACGUCUCUGCCUUCUUCCUGCCUCAAGAACGGACCUACGGCCGGGGACGUAGCUCCCCAGGCCAGUGAGAUGCCGCCUGUGACCAAUGGAAAUACGCAUCUGAGAGAAGUUGGUGGUGGCCAAGAGAAAGAGGAUAAGAGCUGGGAAGGGGCCCCAGGCCCAGCCUGCCACCCCUGUUUCCUGCAGGGCAAUGCCCAGAGAAGAGUCUUGAGGAAUAUUGCAGCUUUUUUGUUCCUCUGUAAUAUUUCGCUCUGGAUCCCGCCCGCCUUCGGCUGCCGCCCUGAGUACGACAACGGAUUAGAGGAAAUGGUCUUUGGCUUUGAACCCUGGAUCAUUGUGGUCAACCUGGCCAUGCCCUUUUCUAUUUUCUACCGAAUGCACGCAGCUGCCUCCCUCUUCGAGGUCUAUUGUAAGAUAUAAUCUGUGUCCACAUCAGAGACGGAGGGGAGCGCUAGCAAGAGAAUUCAGUGGAGCCACCUGGGAAUGGCGAGGUUGGGCAAAUAUUGCCUUACAGAUGCGAGAAGGGCCCCCUUUGUCUGUGAUAAUUGCUUUUCCCAUGAGCUGGAAUUGUCCGUCACCCUGGAUGAGUGUAAACAAGUUAGAUCAAAAUUGAUGAGGUGGCUGAAAUCUGCCCUUGGGUAGUUAAGUCUAAUCAAACCCAAAUUUGAUCUUCAAAAUGACAUCCUUUGUUUCCAAAGAAUGUGAUCGCAAGUUGAAAAAAAUAUAUCCAGUUUGUUUGUCAUUAAAAUCAUUUUCUGUUAUUGUGUUACAAUAUACAAUCUUUUUCUGACCAUCUGCAUGGUCUAAUCACCCUUAAAUUUUACCCUUCUCAGAACUGUGAAUGUAGCUACAAAUACAUUUAUUUUAUAUUGUACUUUUGAAGAUGUUUAAUUUUAAAAUAUUUUAUGUUUAAUUUUUUGAACAAACUUAUUUUAUCAUCUGGAUGGAAAACUGUGUAUAGAUCAAUAUAAAGACAUUUCUCGCCUGAAGUUUUGGCACAUUUUCAUUUGUAAUCGUUCUGAAGUUGUUUAAAAAAUACAUCUUUACUGUCUUCCUCUCACUAUAAAGAUAUAUAUGCCUAUUUUAGAAAAUUUGGAUAUUUCAGAAUAGAGAGAGAAAAAUCACCUAGGAUAUUUAAUUAAUAAUAAUUUUUCAAAUUGACAAUCAUUUUUAAUGUUUAAUAGACAUUUUCCCCAGUUUUAUUGAUAUGUAAUUGACAUACACUACUGUAUUAAGGUAUACAUUAAUGAUUUGACUUACAUACAUUAUAAAAUGAUUAUCACAAUAAGUUUAGUGAACACCUGCCAUUUCGUAUAGAUACAAAGUUAAAGAUAAGGAUCUUGACAGUCAUUUUUCUAACAACUUGAUUGAUAUGUUUCUUUUAGUUGUUUGAAAGCAGAGGAUUCUUUUUACUGCUGUUUUAUUAUACUUGCUAGUGAUGAUGCAACAUAUUCAAUUUUGUAUGCGUUUCCCCUCACUUAACAAUAUAGCAUUAACCUUCUCCCUGCAUUGUUAUAUCUCUUUGUAGAUAAUCAUUUUCCUGCUGUUGUAGUCUAUCAAGCACAGUAAUUAGCUUCAUUUUUAUUACUGUUGGUUUUAGAGUGUUUAUAACUUUUUGUUUUUAUAAGUGACUGUGCAAAAAUCAACCAUAUAUGUAAAACAGUUUUUAUAUUUAGGAUUGCUUCUUUAAGAUAUAUCCUUAAAAUUGAGAAGCUUAUCCAAAGGUUAUAAUUAGUUUAAAGCCUCUGAAGGGAAUAUUGACAUUUGGGAUGGCUUUGAA